AUGGAGCUCGAAAGCGUCAAGCUGCUACUCGUGGGGGAUGAGAACUGCGGCAAGACAACCUUUCUAUCGCGACUCAGUGCAGGCGAGCACAUGAAUCCAAUCCCGCUCCUCCGCGACAUUGACCAGCCCUUCAUUUUCAAUGUCAACCAGGGCACCAAGAGUCAUCGCCUAGAAUUCCACGACACCUCAAGCCCCGAAAACUGGCGGCUACUGGACCCCGACGUUAUCGUCAUGUGCUUUGACAUCAGCCAGCGCCUGAGUCUCAUCAACAUGAAACGAUAUUGGAUCGACGAGGUGAAGCGGGCUUUUCCGCGCAUCGACGGGCUGCCCAUUGUGAUGCUCGGCCUGAAGCGUGAUCUCAGGUCCGAGACGGAUCCCAACGGCAUCAUUUACCCGCAGGAGGCGUACCAACUGGCGCAAACGCUGCGGGUGGAUCGCUACGUCGAGUGCUCCGCGGUGACGGGAGAGCUCGUCAAGCCGGCGUUCGAGGACAUUUGCAAGACGGCCACCAAGGUGAAGACGGCGGCCGGAGGACAGAGCGAGGGCGGCUGUAUCGUGCUCUGA